AUGCCUCAGUCACCUUAUCUUUCUUCGAACACCCUUCAAACCCUUCUGGCGGAUCCUCGUAUACAAUAUGUGCGGGCACGUACUCACACUCAACCUGAUAUCUUCGAGCAGGUCCUCGACAUGAUUGUCCAAAAUCAUGAAUCGUUCAAGACACCCCUUGUGACCGCCCCCGAUCCCUCUGAUAUUAACGGUAAAGCCAAAUUAUCCGACGAAUUUGUUGACUUGUUUUGCUCUGCCUGCCAACAGCUCGAGAAGAUAGGGCUUUUGGCUCCCCUCCCAGUUGCCCGCACAUCUAAUCCUCAGCCUUCAACUGAUACUAGUCAAUCAACGUUGUACCCUUUCACUACCGCGAACCCACGCGUUUCUUCCCCUCUUCGAUGCAAUCCAUACACACCAUUGAUAAUGGGUUCGAAGACGGCACAAUCUGUACCGACGCCCACACUACCUGCAUUCGUUGAUACACAAACGGCUAGCUCCUCUUUGAACAAUUCAGCCUUCAGAUUACACACCUCGGAUUUCUCUACUACCGAUCUUGAAAAUGCUAGCUUGGAAUACCCUAAGAGAGAGAAGACAUACUUGAUCGAUAAGGACAAUAAUGGAAUUAUGAUCCAGCUUUUCGACCCCGGAGAGAACUCAUUCCAAGUCUUUCCGACUUCAUUGCAGGCCAAACGUCUAACACAUGCCUUCCCGACUCUGCCCUCUCACCUCCUCAACGGGUUAUGCAAGGUUGUCCCACCGUUUACUCUCACGUGCCCAAUACACGGCUGCCUCGCUAGGCUCAAGGACAGCGAGCUUUCUACCGUGUACGAGCACUUGGAUUUCCAUUUUGCUCUCGGGGAAGGACCAGAAUGGAGGAACUCCGAGCUAACUACCCCGAAGAAGCUCUUUGGAUGCUGCAACACGGAAUUGAAAGGCUCUAGUUUACCGCAGCAUAUCAUCGAUAUCCACUUCCAAACCAAGUUGACUUGGUGCAGGUUUUGUAGGAAGUGUUCAAGCAGACCCCAGAAUCAUUUUGCUCGGCAUUUGUUCCAGUGUGAAGUGUUGAAACGCUUCAGGGUAAUGGAUGUUUCGGAGGUACAGGUACUGGAGAAGGGGCCAUUGAGAAGGAAACGAGUCAAUGGGUGA